UACGCUACUUGCGGGCGCCCUCUGCGGUCUGGUAUAGUCUCGUCGUCCUCGUCAUUCAUCGCGCGCCGAUUAUAAGACAUGAUCAUGGAGAUGAUGAUGAAGAAUGGAAGUAAACACUUUUGCGGAAGCAAGCCCUCUUGCUGGAAAAAUGGAACCUUGAUGAAGGAUGGUUUAAUCUGGAGACGAGUGGUUUGAAAAACAAAACGCAACAUGUACAAGAAAAAAAAAAUUGGAUCCCAUCAUCACAUAUGUUUAGUUUCACAUUGAAGGAACUUCAACCCUGGAAGCAAGCAAACAAACAUGUUUCAUCAGUUAAAAAAGUUACCAAGUGUAUUCCCAAGGAAAUACCCACCUGGUGAAUAUUCAUGUAUCUGGUACAUGGUACAUACAACUAGUUUGUUCUUAUCUCCUGUGCAUUGCUUUGAGAGUUUUCUUGACAAGGAAUUUGCGAAGGCCCAGAGAGACUUGGACACUGAUACAUUGGAUGCUCCUGGGGCUCUUUUGCAAAAGUUUGAAAGGGAUCAGAGACAGAGGAUUUGGGCAACCAAAAGAGCCCGUGCUGCUCGCUUGUUUCAGCCACCAAAAGAACCACGCAGCAUCAGCUGGGACACUAUGGAACAGAUCCGCUACCUGAAGCAGGAAAAUGGUGAUGAGUGGACCACUAAAAAAUUAGCAGCUAGUUUUGGUAUAACGGAGGCAUUGGUAGUCAAAGUGUUGAAGAGCAAGUUUGUAGCCACAGAGAAGAGGCGCUGGAAGCAGGAUGAGAGGGCUAAAGUCAAUGCUGGUCUCCUCCUGGAAAAGACUACCAGAGCAAGUGGGCAUGCUGAGAUUACAGGUACAUGUACACAGAACAAGAAAUCUUUGCUCUCAGCGUCAUCAAAAGCCAGUCCAACAAACAUUGUAAAGGCAGUUGGUACAAUUCCUCUCUCAAAUUUUCAACCCACAAAAAAACAAGUUCUAGAGAGAAACUCAAGUUUUUUUCAAAAACGAUCAGUGACUAUCUCAGGUCAGAGGUCACGAGACAAAUUCCAACCAAAGGGGCAGUCUGCUUUCAAUGAUGCCAACCAGCAUACCGGAAACAGAACAUCCAAAGUACAUGUAUGUGCCACCACUAAGCGCCGCCAUUCUCAGUUGUGUCAGGUCACCAGCAGCUGGUAGAUGGAGCUUGCACAUCUUUGGAUUUUGAAUUCAGGAAAGGCCACAUGACAAGGCAGCACUCAAGACAUCCCCGGUCAGAUCAAAGGAAAUGUACAUGUGGAACCAGACAUUGAAGGAUGUAUGAUGAGGGAGAUACAUGUAUUGAUAUCAAUAUGAAAGAUUUGCAGUAUUAGGACAAAUUACCCGCAGCUCGGAUCAUUAGAAAGGGGAAUGAAUUGUUUGAUGAAAUACAUGUAUACAGUAGAAGUGGUGUAAAGUAGAAGCUGGAAUACAAGUGUAGGAACAAGGAAGUUGCAUUGAGGACGAGGGGCUCUCAUUGCGCUUUGAGUCAACUUUAAGGAAGUUUGAACUUCAGAAAAUUGUCCUGUCUUGCAGCGGGCCUGUUCAUUUCCUCUGCAUAUUACGAGACAUACAAUUACUUGCCUCACCAGAGGAAGCUCCGAAUAUUGGGUUUCCUGUCCAAUUAAACAACUCAUUGAUUGUAUCAGACAAAUUAUGUGUUCCAUUUGAAGUGGUUUCAAGGAGUUGGUAUGAAUACAGUUUCUGAUUUUGUUGAAAUGUUUUAAAAUUGAGGGUAUGCAAAAAAAAAUUCAUGUAAGGAAAUUCCAAUUCGUUUGUGGGAUUUUGAUUUUGCUCCAAGUAGGCGAAUUAGUUAAAAUAAGUACUUGUAUCAAUUUUCAAUAAUACAAAAUACAAGUAACUUAAUUUUUACAGUUUCAUUUCGCAAAAUGUUAAUACACAUGUAGCGAUAUGUAAAUCAAUUUCAUUUAAAGGUAGAGUA